GCCCGCAGUCGGGGCAGCGCGGCGGGUUGCGGCCAUGUGGGUGUUCGGCUACGGCUCCCUCAUCUGGAAGGUGGACUUCCCCUACCAGGAGAAGAUGGUGGGGCGCAUCCGCGGCUACAGCCGGCGGUUCUGGCAGGGCAGCACCGACCACCGCGGCGUGCCGGGCAAGCCUGGAAGAGUUGUGACUCUGGUUGAAGACCCUGAGGGCUGCGUGUGGGGCGUUGCUUACAGACUGCCAGCUGGACAAGAAUGCGAAGUCAAGGCGUACCUGGACUUCAGAGAGAAGGGAGGCUACAGGACGACGGCGGUGGUUUUCUACCCCAAGGACUCGUCAGUCAGACCCUUUGAUGUGCUGCUCUACAUCGGCACUCGCGAUAACCCCAACUACCUCGGCCCUGCGCCUCUGCAGGAGAUUGCUGAGCAGAUCAUUGGCGCCGUCGGCCCCAGCGGCAGGAACACGGAAUACCUGUUUGAACUCGCUAAUUCCAUGAGAAACCUCGUGCCAGAAGAUGUAGACGAGCAUCUCUUCUCCUUAGAGAAACUAGUAAAGGAACUCCUGGAAAAAGAGCAAAACCUAAACUGCCUAUAGAAGAACUUCUUUCGGCGGUAUUGCUUCAUCUUCAGAGGAAUGGUUUCGUUGCACAGUGGGUAUAUGACUUGGAGGCGUAUUGCUCUGUACUAUGCUAUCUUAUUUAUUGAAUAUUGCAUUCAAAAGAGUAGUUAGUCAUUAAAACGUACUGUUUUAAAAAACAUUCUUUUGGGAAUCUAUAGAAAGGGCAGCAGGGGAAGCGUUUUAGGUUUGAAUUUGGUAUAUUGGUAUUUUAGCCAAGGAUUACAUCUUUCUUUACAAAAAUCACCAGGGAACCACUUAAGCCUCUCUGUUACUUCAGGUUUAAAAAAAAACCUUCACAAUAUUUUUUCCGACCAAAAUCUGCGUUCACUUACAACUCCCGAGGCAUUGAAGUGAUGGUUCUUCCCAAUUCAAGACCACCGGCGUGGAGCUCAGCGCAGCAGAAGAGAGAGAUGUGAAGUACUUGUUGUAAAUCGCAGAGUGAAUGUGUGGUAGAACACUUCCACCAGUGUUCAGCUUCACGGAAAUUAAGCUAUUCCACUGCAUCAGUGACCUCAUCCCAUAGAUCCUAGCUUGUCCUUAGGCACAGAGGAUAAAGUGGUAGGAAAAUAGUCUUUGCCCUUGGCUCAUUAUGUCGUGCCCCUGAGAAGCGCAGCACGGGGUACUCUGACAUCAACAAGCCAUACUGUAUCAGUGCCUUAUUUUUGUUUUUCAAGGUUAAUAUCAAGAGUAGGUCUAAAUUAUUGAAACCAGCUAAGAGUAUGACUUGAGCCACAGUGCCAGAACGUUCAGAAACUCAGCUCUGAUAACUGCCUUUAGAUGCUGGUGCAAUUGCACGUCUUAAAAAUUCACCAGUCUCUGAGGAUACAGUUUAAGUCAGCAAUUUUCAAGCAGCGUUUCAGGGAUUUGAAACAAAGGGCCAUUAAGAAAGGAACCCCCUUUUCAGCCAACAGACAGGCGUUGUAUGGGCUGCCAGUCAGCCAAGGUUGGAAAGCCCCCAGCUGAGGCCAGUAGCCUUACUUUAUGCAAAACAGAGGUAAAUGGAGCUUCCGUCCCCACGACGACUUGUCUCGCUUCUCAAAAUCUUACUUUUGUGAGUUUUAUCAAAACGUAUUUUUGUGUGUUAACAAAAUAGCACGUAGCAUCAGGUCUUGUCAUACAGGGAAUGUGUAUGUUUAGCAGUAGUUGAGAAGUCUAUUUAUUUUGCAUCGGUACUUGUAAAAAACAUCUGUUUCUACCAUACAAGUUGUGCAUUUCCUUUCUUUGCAUUGUCCUGUUUUAUGUUAGUAAUUUCUCAAAAAUGCUUAGGUUAUAAGAACAACAAGCUGCUGUUAUUUCUCUUGGCCACCUACAAAAGUCAAAAAUAGCAUUUGGAAAAGGCACCUGGACAAGCAGACUGUAGGAUAUUACAUUUCAAACCCAAAUUCCAGAUAACUAGACCAUGCGAGAUAUGUGGCCGAGAAAGCUGUAUGUUUUAAGUACCAGGUUACAAAUUCAGCAUGCUUCUGGCAUCUCUCACGCAUACACUCAUUGGGGAAAAAAGCAGAUUGCUUUUUAGAAUCUGCUGUUUAAUGGUUGAAUGCUGCCAUUUUAAAAGGACACAGCAGGGUCUCACUUGAUGGACGAAACUAACUUCUAACCUGCAGAAGCAAACCUUCUGAUCAUAUCAGUGUUAGAAUCCUACCUAGCGAGGCCCCAUUCUUCCUUGAGUUACUUGCAAACUGCUCUGGGGGUCUUGAUUCUCCACUGCACUGUGCUGGCUUAGGAUUGAUACAACUGAGUGGAAAAGCAACCCUGACUAAUGCACCUGUAGGGCAGGACAGAAGGGUGCUCAGGACAUCCAGGUGUCUGUCCAUAAUGGCAGUCAUUCAGAUGCCUGACAACGUAAUGAUACCAAGGUCUGAGUGGCUUUGCACACCAAAGACUGACAGUGACAGCCAACACCCACAUCAGCACCGAUGAACACAUGCAUUUAUUCCCUCUGACUUAAAGAACAAGUCUGAAGUGUUAGGGGAUACUCAGCUGCUACUAGAAAUGUUAGGUAUGAUUUAUUUCACCAAUACGUAAGCGUUCCUCCUUCAGCAAAACAAAACCCCCUUCUUUUCUUGUGCUUGCCUCGGAUACAGACAAGCUGUAGUAAAGUUAAAACACGUGGAAUGGCAUGUCCACUUGAUGCAUUUUGUAAUUCUUUCCUCCAAAGCUUAUCUGUGUUCCUCAAAACAGGGCAAGGGAUGCAACACGCUCGCUAAGGACCUAAAAACAACGGUGAUGAUUCUCUCUUUGAAACUAUCUUUAAGUACUGUGUUGGGGCAUUGUGCUUAUGUAUGGCUCUGCACUUUGUAUCUUUAAUUAUAUUCAGGACGUUGUUGGUUCAUUUGCUUUCCAGAUUCAUAAAAUUUGCAAUAAUAUCUGUAAUGAUACAUUCCAGUUUGUGCAUACAACUUCAAUACAAUAAAAUGCAUCACCUUUA